GGUAGCCUUGUGGAAGCAAGUCCAGACGAUUUGUGAAUAACCUCAACCAACCUCAACCACAACCCCAAUAUAUUUAUUUUUCACUUUGCAACCUUUGCAUUCUGUACCCUUUGACCAUUUGGAAGUUUGGAAGCGCAACCUUCUACUUUUUACCAACAUCUUCCCUCCGACCUUGCUCGAGGAUUCAUCUACUUAAAUAUCUUACAACAUUCUACAAGUGCAGCAGUGCCAUUUCAAGCCAACAAAUCAUGGCAGACACCGAACCAAAGCUUCAAGACCAGGUUAUGGCUGGCGAGGAUGAUAACAAUGACGAGGAAGAGAUUUCGGCCAUGAAGCGCCGUGUUGCAGAGAUGGAGGAAGAAGCUGCCAAGCUUAGAGAAAUGCAGGCAACUCUCGAUCAACAAAGCACUGAUCUCAGAGAAGACAAGGAGGAUAUCGAUAGUCGCAGUAUCUUUGUCGGAAACGUCGAUUACUCUGCUUCCCCAGAAGACAUUCAAGCUCACUUCCAAAGCUGCGGAUCUAUUAACCGUGUAACUAUCUUGCUUGACAAGUUUACCGGUCAUCCUAAGGGGUAUGCGUAUGUAGAGUUUGUUGAGCCAAGUCUUGUCGCACAAGCUUUGGUUCUCAAUGAGAGUGUGUUCAAGGGUCGCAACCUUAAGGUUGUCCCCAAACGUACCAAUGUCCCCGGAAUGCAGCGUGGUCGUGGUGGACGAGGAGGCGGCAGAGGUCGUGGCGGCUUCUUCGGUGGUGGACGUGGUGGCGGUUAUUCUCCUCGUGGAGGUUACCGUGGAGGUUACAGAGGCAACCGUGGCAGAGGUUUCACGCCAUAUUAAGCCAUGGGAACUUCUGCAUGAGUCUUCUUUACUCUAGCACAUGAUAAGAUGGGGAGGGCCGCUGAAGUGAUGGCAUCAAAAUUGGGAAUUUGGGGGAAAGUCAUUUCUUGAAUUAUCAAACAUUCAUUCGAGAAGCGAUUUAUUCAUGAAAAUACCACGGCGUUUAUCUUGAGCAUACCUAUGGUCUUCUUUAAUUCCUCCAUUUGGAUUUCCGUUAUCAUCAUGAAUGAAUAGUCUUCAACUAUACAUCUGUACA